GUAUGCAAGAAAAAUAUUAUGGUUUAUUCAGUCGCCGGUUACGCAGAUAUACUAUAUGGACAUCGUUUCGAUACAUAUUUAUUUAAAACAGCGUUAUCUUCAAGCCGGAUCUCUCGCCUAAGUAUUAUUAUUAUAUAAUAUAGUUACACUAUUCAAUAGGUACUUCUUUUAUGCAUGUGCCAUUUGCGUAUUCUAUCCGCGUAAAUAAUUGCAUACCUGUAGUAUACGAGGUAAAUAAUGAUGACGACGAAAUUUGUGGUGUGUUUGUUUUUGACGUGUUAUGUGAUCGUGAAAAAUGUUGAAUCGGCUAAGCUCCAAGCUCUACCGUUACCGUCGUACAUCGGUAAGGGCUGUCUGAGAGACGACCCAAACUUAAACGAAUGCGUCGUGCGCAAAGGAGCUCCGGUAAUCGAACGUAUAGUCAAAGGCGACCCCAAGUACCGAAUACCGAAAUUGGAUCCUUUGGUCAUACCAGAGUUGACAAUAAAACAGGGCACCAAACAAGUAGGUCUAACGAUGUCGUGCAAGAACUGCGAAUUGCACGGACUGAGGGAGACGAAAUUCGUCAGAGCCAGGGUGGAUGAGAAAAAAAAACACGUAGAAUGGGACUUUGAACUCGAUCGAUGUAUGUUUUUGGGACAAUAUUCUGUGGAAGGACAAGUUCUGAUAUUGCCGAUCAAAGGCAACGGGGACGCCAAUAUCACAGUCGACGGGAUAACAUUCACGUAUGUAUAUGACUACGAUCUAAUCAAACGAGCGAAUGAAAAAGACUAUGUGGAUAUCACCAACAGUGAAUUAAAGUUCAAUGCAAAAGGAAUGAAACUGAAAUUAGAUAAUUUAUUCAACGGCGACAAGCUUUUGGGAGAUAACAUGAAUCUUUUUCUCAACGAGAACUGGCAAGAUUUACUUAAAGAGUUUGGACCUGCAAUCGGUGAUGCGUUCGGAACAAUUAUGAAAAACACGCUGGGGUCGGUGUCCGACCUAGUACCGUACGACUUCAUUUUCCCAACUAGUUAAUCUAUUUAGUAUUUUUAAGUCUCUACUCGCCUAUUAUUAUUUGCAAGCCCACGUUUAAUUGAUAUAUUUUAAUACUAAUACCUGAUUAUAAGGUGAGCACUUAGGUAUGAUAAAUUAUUUUAUAAUCGUUCACUCUAAUAGUAAUUCUUCAUUAUCUAAAUAAAUUCGUCAUGUACUCAUCACUCUCGUGCUAAAAGCAAUAGCAACUGCAACAAUAGGUACUUAUUAUUGAAAUUUUUCAGCUAAUCAAAACUAUAAAUAUUUAAUAACGACAUAAUGAUAGCUUGGUAUUAUUACUGUUAUAAAAUGUUAAUAAUUAGAUACCUAACUGGUAUCAAUAUCUACAAGUUCCUUGCAUUAUUUUACGUUUUUUAAAUUCUUCUAUUUAUAAAUUUAUGUUAAUUAUUGAAUAUUAGGUAAUUUUAAUCUUAGGUCUUUUCGAAUAUAAGUAAUUUAAAUAUUAGCUAAGACAUAGUUAAUU